CACUGAUUGGCAGCACUGAUAGGUGGCACUGACUGGCAUUGAUAGGUGGCACUGACUGGCACUGAUGGCUGACACUGAAAGACAGCUCAGAUGGGCACUGAUAUGUGGCAUUGAUGUGCACUGGUAGCCACUGAAAUGUGGCAUUGAUGUGGCACUGAUGGAAACUGGCAGGUGGCAUGGAUGAGCACUGACAGCUGGCACUGCUGGGGCUACACAGAUCAUCAGGGCACACUGAUCAUCAGUGCCCUGAUGAUCACUGUCACGCUGACAGCUCGUGAGGAGAGAAAUGCCGAUAACUGGCAUUUCCCUGUUUACAUGUGAUCAGCUGUGAUUGGA